AUGUCCAGGAUUCCAAAGCGCAUCCUGAAGACAAUCUUGAGAAGCCGACAGACACCUCCUAUUUGCCAAGAGGUUGUAUGUGACCAAGGACAUGAGCACGAGGCCAAAGUUCAGUCGAUGGAGGUGUCUCCUACCGGGGAGGCCCACCUGCAACCCUCAGCCAUGAAUCCAGUCAGAGCUGUGCCGCAGUCACUGGCGCCAGAGGCUGCGCCAAAUCAUCCUCCCAGUGAUCCUCACUUGAGCUCUGAGAAAUUUGGUCACUUGGCUGAAGGACAGCAGGACGUUGAAGGAUAUUAUAUCUAUCUAUCUAUAUAUACACUAUGUAUAAUGUGA